AUGGUGGAUAUUACACCCGAGUUUCGUAAGAUAUUGAAUGAACUUGGACCACAGGAUGAGAAAACGCGUGAAGAUAUACUACCUCCAGUGAAGAAGAAUCCAAAAUUUGUUCAGAAUGAAUUUACCAGAGAAGCUUAUCAAAUAGCAUCACACAUAAGCAACUUGAGGACGUAUCUGCUUUCUGUUCGCCGAGCAUAUCUCAACCUAUCGCGUCACUCAAUAGGCUCGGUGAAGUCCACGAAUUCAGCAUCUACUUGGAAGAAUCAGACUGAUCAACCUUCGGUUAAUACUCUCACUGACAAAGAAAGAGACGAGAUUGAUUUACAUGCCAAAACCAUAAUUCAACAAUGUUUAGACCGAAUUAAACUAUUAGAAGAAUCCGAACACGCGCGUCAGAACACGCAUUUGAAUAAUCCGCUGUCUAUGCUGUUACCGACAGCCCUGCUCCCAGAAGAACACGAUCUAUUGGCAGCACAUCGAAGCAGCAUAAUAUGGCUUUUGAACAUGAAACUAACCGAAGUGUCGAAGAUACAGAAAGAUCAACAGAAAGCACGAAUCAUGAAGGAGCUAGCAAAGCGUGAAAGCGUUCUGUACAAGCCAGCAUCGAAAUCUGCUCCAUCGGCUUCCCCCUCUUUAAUCGAUGUUGACAGUGAAAAGGACGUUCGAAGUAAGACCAAUAACGUCGUUAUUGAUGGAAGGGAAGAUGACUUUGAAGAAAGUUUGUCGGCUGAACAAAAGAUGAUGUUGGAUAUGGAAAACGUGUCAAUCUUAAAAGAAUUAGAGACUACACUUGAUCAAGUGACCCAAGCAGAAAGAGCGUUAAUGGAAAUAUCGACGCUGCAAUCCGUCUUAUCUAACCAUUUGGCUGUACAAACGCAACAGACGGAUCGUUUGUAUGCCGAAGCUGUAGCUACGUCUGAGAGAGUGCGAGAGGGCAAUCAAAUGUUGACAAAAGCACGUCAACGAGCAUCCGACGCACGAAAAGGAAUUUUGAUAUUUUUGAUAUUAGCUAGCUUCGUCCUCUUGUUCUUGGAUUGGUUCGAUUGA